UUGCUCGCUCUCCCUCAUCCUGGCUCUGUUGCCAAGGCUACCGUACAGCCUCUUGCUGCAUAUAUAGACGAAGCUGCCGCCUGUGGAUCUCGGUCUCUCUCCUCCAGGAUACUAACAAAAGAAAAAAAAACCCAUCAGACUUUUAUACCUUUACCUCUCUUCCACACACACAUUUUAAACACACACAUUUAGAUCCUGCCUUUCCAAACCUCGCACCAUCCUUUUGCUCGUCGUUGUCCCUCACUGUCAGUCUGCCUCCUUCGCCCAUGCAAACACGCUCCCAGACAGAGGAGCAGUAAAGGGAUUGGCGUGGUGCUUGGCGCUUGGCUCCUGGGUUUUUGGCUCCGAGGGUGCAGAGCAGCAGAUGGCGGUGUGAAGACGGGCUCAGCCAGAUUCGACUCUGCGGCACAAUGGCUGAAAACGGCUGGUUGCCUCACGAUGUUGGAUUUAACUUGAUCAUGUGAUCUGACUGUUUCCCCCAGUUCCCUGCCAUCUAUCAUAGGGGAUCAUGACCCGCCGGCUGAGCAGCUCCACCCGUUCCCACACCGAGGACUCCAUCUUCCUGAGACCCGACGAGGACCCGGUAUGGCUGGAUGAGCCCACCAAGACUGAGAAAAUAGGCGACAGAGCUCCAAAAAGAGAGAGACUCCCAGGGCGCAGAGAUGGACCUGCGGGGGGCCAAAGCCCACAGGGACAGGAAGUGUUCAUGCACAAGGUGUACGCACUCUUGAUUGAGAUCCACUGCUGGGCUGCACUGUUUGUGGUCUCCCAAGUCACGGGGUACUGGGUGUUUUUUGUGCUGGAAGGAAACGGGCCACUCUCCUCCAUCUACAAAGCCCUGCAGGUCAUUGACUUCUACCUUGGCUUCAUCUUGCCCUGUCACCCGAUCUUUGGGAUGGAUUCCAUGGUGCUGGUGAGUGAGGUGGUGAAUGCCCAACAGCACAACUGGAUCAUCCAGGGCACUGCUGGCGUCGGUGUGGCCAUCUGUGUUAUCAUGGUCAUCCACAUGGUGUGUAAGUGGCGUUAUGGCACCGGCUUGUGGUCAUCGGGUACUGUAUCGAGGGACAUUGGUGAUCGGCGUCAGUCGGUGAGCCGCCAGCCCUCCUUCACCCUGUCUGAGUGGACGGACGCUCAGGAGGAUCUGCUGGACCUCGACCUUAUCCCCCAGACGCCGGUCUUUGACAUCGGCACUGACACCAGGAUGGAGGGGGACGCCACCACCCUCACUGUCACGCCUGUGGGGCUUCAAGAGAGGAGGGGCUCCAACGUCUCCCUGACCUUGGACAUGUGUACGCCAGGCUGCACCGAGCCCUACGGCUACGGAGCCCAGCUGUCCCCGAGAGACCAGUCGGCCCAGGAGUAUCUGCGACAGGGAACGCACACCCUGACCCCCGCCAUGCUCCACACACGGGCCAUGGAUGACCAGAACCUGCAGGCUGAGUUUUAUGAAACUCCCAUGAACUUUGUGGACCCAAAGGAGUACAACUACCCAGGGCUGGUGAGAAAGAAUCGCUACAAAACCAUCUUACCCAAUACACACAGCAGAGUGAAACUGAAUUCAAUGGAUGAAGAGGAUUUCCUCACAACCUACAUAAAUGCUAAUUAUCUCAACGGAUAUGGGGGUGAGGAGCGUGCAUACAUCGCCACCCAGGGUCCCACCGUGAACACAGUGGGGGAUUUCUGGCGGAUGGUGUGGCAAGAGAGAACCCCAAUCAUAGUGAUGAUCACCAACCUGGAGGAGAAGAAUGAGAAAUGUGCAGAGUACUGGCCCGAGGAGACUGUGAGCCAUGAGGGCAUCGAGAUCACUGUCGUCACGGUAACCCAGGAGGAUGACUACAGUCUGAGGGUGUUCACGCUGAAGUGUGGCGGGGAGGAGCGCAGCCUGCGGCAGUACUGGUACACGUCGUGGCCCGAUCAGAAGACCCCGGACAAGGCUCCACCGCUGCUGGAACUGGUACAAGAGGUGGAAAGAGCCAGAGAGGAAGCCCCGCCCUCCAGCGGCCCUAUAAUUGUCCACUGCAGUGCUGGAAUUGGUCGAACCGGCUGCUUCAUCGCCACCUCCAUCCUGUGCAAGCAGCUGAGGACCGAGGGUGUGGUCGACAUCCUGAGAACCACCUGCCAGCUCCGUCUGGACAGGGGCGGGAUGAUCCAGACGGGUGAGCAGUACCAGUUCGUGCAUCAUGUCCUCAGCCUGUACGAGAAGCAGCUGUCUCACACUGCUGAGGAGUAGUAGAGUGAGCGCUACAGCCAGACCGAGACACACCACUGUACACUGUACCGCCUCUGGUGGUAUGCACCACUGUACCUAUAGCGUCAUCUCAAUCUCACCCUUUAACAAGUCCAAACCAUGGUAAUCUCUUCACCCCACACAGGACUGAAAGGCUGACAGGAAAUCGUGUUGUGUGUCUUUGAGCAGGACAGACAUUAGGAAGGUGGGAUUUCAGACAGUCCUCCAAAAAUUCUAAUCACACACUUCAGUGUUAUUGAUCCACACAGUCCUGGAGAGUCACAGCAGUCAGGCCCAUAAUCAAAGCCUGUGCUCAUGACAUCAUUUCAUCUGCACUGCUAAGGUUUUUUAAAAAGUAUUAAUCAUAUCACUCAGACAUCAAGGCCUUGUUUAGUUAUUUGUGUGACUUAGCCCCUCACACAGUAUAUGUACAGAUAUCAUAACGGUUCAACUGGAGCUGAAGAUCACCUGCAGUGGUGUAAAUUCAAGUUUCAGUCCCCGAAGUCAGUAAAAAGGGCCCUUCACUGUACCAGUGCCAGCAUAAACGAGAUAUAGGGAAAUUAUCAAAUGCCAGCCCUAUAUUUAUCUCUAUAUAGAUUCAAAAAAUUCAUUUUAGAUAUAGGUUAUGUGACAUCUGGCUUUCUCUUCACGGACUCGACUUCACGACUCAUUGAAUUUUAAUGUAAAAAAUCAUCACACAAGGCCCGUUUCCACUUUUGAUGCAUUCAGGAGCCGCCUCAUCUUAAGGUUGCAUGGUGCUAAGUGUUCAUUAAAGGCAUGUGCAAUGUUAUGGAACAUAGGAAUGUAUAACAAUUAGGUUAUUGAUUAACUAAUCAGGAUAUCUGUGCAAUCUAAGAUAUUACAGUUUUUUCCAUUCUGCCUGUGCAGUCCUCACGGCCCAUGAUGUUUACAGUCAACAACUCCUGCAUUACGGCCACAUAGAUGUACAUCCAGAGGCGUCACAGAGCCGGCAACACCAAGGGGGGGGGGGGACGGAGGCCAGGAAUAGAAUCAGGCCAUCAGAAAAAUCAAUGCAGACCUCUGGAGACUCUCACACACACACACACACACACACACAAACAGGAGAAUAAAGCAAAACGGUGCAUUAAAAAUAGGCACAACAAAUGGAUUUUCAUAUACAAUUUAACUUUCUUGUACAUUUUCCAUGACUAUCAAGACGCUUCCCAUCCUCUGAGUAACCACGCUCUGUGACACCUCUGCUUCCAACAGUAGCUUGAACACAUCCGUGACGUACGAAGCCCAUGAUUGUUGUAUAGACAGGCCAGGCCUCCUCUGUAUGAAGCACAAUAGACCAACUAAGGUUGUCUCUCUGAUGUUCAGCUGUAAAAGUUCUUUUUAUCUGUGUCGUGUUUUUGGUUGUGUUGAGUUUUAAUGGAUUGCAUGUGCUGUAUGGGACUCCAUAGGUCCACAAUCAAAGCGACGUGAUUGGUUGUCCUGCUUUUCGUUGUGUAAAAGGGUUUAAUUGCCUAAUAUUAUUAUUAUUGCUUGCUCUCGGCCAAUGCUUUUGAUACAGUUUGCUUUUGUGAAACCAACCAGAGAUAUUUUUAGAACAUUUUGAUACAAUCCUUUCGAGUAGAUGCCUUGUGUAUAUUUCCGUUUACACCAUGAUGGAAUGUAGCUCAUACUGUGGAUCAAACCAUUGGUUUCUAUUGCAACAUUUGACAGAACAAAAUGUGACGACUACCUAAGUUACCUUACAGUACGGAGAAUAAGUAGGUUACGUUCAGUCCUCAGUAUUAUUUAUUUUCGCCGUCAGGCUUUGCUUUAAUAUGCUUUGCUUUCUGUGUAUGUUUUUAUCGUUUUUCUUGGAGAAUUUUACCUCAGACUGAGUUUCUACGCAGUCCCCACUCGAGUCCACCUGUGACUGUAGGCCACUCUCAGUUGACGACACAAGAAAUAAUUGCUAUGUGUAAGGCAGCUAAAACAGUGAAAACAGUUUUCUAUGUAACACAAAUCGAACAACUUCUAUCUUAGACUUUAAAAUGCAUCAGAUACAACAGUUGUGGACAUUAUCAGAGGAUGGAAUUAACUGUGUGGGCUCGGACCAAUUUACAAACAUCAAAUCAACUAGCAAAUUAAACUGCCAAAAUAACCUUUUCCAGGACUGAGAUCAAGACGAAAAGCUGCAGACUAUUGUCAGAUAUUUGACGUAAUCCUCUGAUAAUGUCCAGUGUACUUUGACUGUGAAGCUUUUACUUUGAGUGCUUGUUUUCAGUGCUUACCUGGUCCUCCUCUGACACUCGAACUGGGGCGACGACACACGACAAACAGGCAGACAUACAACCAACCAGCAAUCAGUAUUCCUCUCCUCUGCUACAGUAUUGCUUUACGUUGUGAGUUUUUGCAUCCAAAUAAAGGUAGAUUUUCAUGAA